UAAGCAUCAGAUAACCAGGCAACCAAUGAAACUGGUAGGGCUAGAUGGCAUCCUCUCAGCCUCGCCCAAUUGCAUCAUUUGCAACGAAAUCAGAGGCGUAGACACGCAAAAACUUGAAAAUUAAACCACUUGACUGGGGAACCUGCCUGCUAGCAUCGAAUCAAAUUGCUAUAAUUCUUUAUAGUUGCAUCGCAAACAAGGAGACAAUAACGAGCAUGAAAGAAAUGGCCGAAACGACGAUAACAGAGGAUGUUUAUGACGAUUCAUACGAGGAGAAACCGGGCCCAAAACCUCCUGUCCAAAUCGUUUGGAGAAACGUUAUAUUAAUGUCCCUAUUGCACCUAGGAGCUCUUUAUGGUCUGACGAUUCUUCCAUUUGUCUCUUCCUUAACGCUGAUCUGGACGGGAGUGUGUUUCAUGGUAAGCGCUCUAGGAAUAACCGCCGGCGCCCAUCGCCUUUGGAGCCACAGGUCCUACAAAGCCUCAUUGCCAUUACGAAUCUUCCUAGCAACUGCAAACUCUAUGGCUUUUCAGAAUGAUAUCUAUGAGUGGGCCAGAGACCAUCGUGUCCAUCACAAGUUUUCUGAGACUGAUGCGGACCCGCACAAUGCCCACAGAGGUUUCUUCUUCUCUCACAUCGGCUGGCUGCUGGUCCGCAAACACCCAGAAGUUAUUGAGAAAGGACGCAAACUGGAGCUGGCUGACCUAAAAGCAGAUGGGGUCGUAAUGUUUCAGAGGAGGCAUUACAAGUUAUCUGUGGUGGUGAUGUGCUUUCUCAUCCCCACAUUUGUACCUUGGUUCUUUUGGGAAGAGAGUCUUUUGACCAGUUACUUAGUCCCUUGUCUGAUGAGAUAUACUGUGGUCCUUAAUGCGACCUGGCUGGUCAACAGUGCAGCUCACAUGUGGGGAAUGAGGCCCUAUGACCACAACAUCAAUCCCAGAGAGAACAAGUUUGUUGCCUUCAGUGCCAUCGGUGAAGGAUUUCACAACUAUCAUCACACAUUCCCCCAUGAUUAUGCUACAAGUGAGUUUGGCAGUCGGCUGAACGUGACCAAAGCGUUUAUAGAUCUCAUGUGUUUUUUUGGACUGGCCAAGGAUUGCAGGAGGGUAACUCGGGAGACUAUCAUGGCCCGUGUUAAACGCACCGGUGAUGGCAGCCACAAAAGUGGUUGAUUUGUUCAGUACAUAUCAGAAAACAAACAAAAAAAAGUUAUAAGACAACAUAUACAAAAGCAUUUGCAGCAUUUCGUAGUGAGCAUUGAAGAUUGAUCUAUAUACACUCUCAUUUUAAAUAAAAUCUCUAGAGUGUGUUGGACUAAUAUGUGUUCUUAAGAAUUAUUUCCUUUUCAUGAAGUGUAUUGGACUGUGGGGUAUUAUUUUCGGAGAUUGUAAAGGCCAUGGAUUGGGAGGAUAAUUAUUUCUCAGUCUGCCUCAAGAGGCAAGAGAUGGUACUUCACUAGUUAAACAGCUAUGUGCCUCAUUACAGCCCUCUCUCAUGAAUAGGUUGACCCAUGUUUUCUCUGGCUUAAAUUAGAAGUUAUUGUUCUAAUUUAAAAAUAUCAUUCCAGCGUGCUAUGCAAGCUGUAAAAUUAAGAUGACAUACUAUUAAUAUGUUGUUUUUUUUUUUUUUACAUAUUUCUGAAAUGAUAAAAGCUGAUUUCCAUUUAAAACUGAAAAAACUUUAAUGACCACCAAAAGACUUAUUUAUAGGUCAGUAUAUGUAGUCAAAUAUAAGACUAUGCCACAGAAAAUCCAUGGGAAAAUAGUUCUUGAUUGAGUUAAAAUGUUGACUUUAUAUAACUGCGGUUAGUUUUGUUUAGAAUGGGUUUGUUAGUUUUGACAGUAUGCAUGGAAAUGCAUUUUCUGGCUUUAUUCAUAAAAUAUUUAAUUUUACAUUUGCACUUUGCACUUAUUUAUUUUAAUUAAUUUUUUAAAAUAAUAUUUUACAUGCCAGUGCGAACGUCCUCAGAGCAGUGGUGCUUAUAAUGAAGAAUUCCCUAAAGGAAAAUGAGCAAUUCAGUUUAAUUUCUUAAUGAUCAUUUUCCAUGUUGCAUAGCUCUUUAUCUGGUUUCCUAGGACUCUUGUGGUUCUGUAAAAAAGUGAACUCUUUUCUAAUUACAAAUAUAUUAAAGUAUCAAAGGACUAUUCAAAGUAUUAUGAAAAAAUAAUUAACCAAAAAAAUAAAAAUAAAAUAAAAACAACAUUUGAAAUAAAUUUGACUUUUGAGGUAAAAGUAUUAAGGUGUACACUUGUUCUAGUGGAUUUAUUAUAGGACAUGUAUUUGUUCUUAUAAAAUAAUCAAAGGAUUGGAAAGUUGAAUUGUCUUCAUCAGAUAUCAUCUUGCCCUUUUCCUUUAUACCUUCAGAUUUGGGGUUAGACUCAAAAAUUGAAAAUACAAAGAUUAUGUAUAGCAUCAGAAAAAUUAUUUCAAAUUUAUGAAGUUUUAUGAAAUCAUUCAGGAUGGGCUCUUUUCUUGGCUCUUCUGUGACAAAUGAACGAUCACCUGUAGCUCCCUAUAUACCUGUAGGCCUAUAUUUUUUUUCUCAUAAAUGUUUGACAGGUUGAUAUGGGUAUGCAUUUUUUCAAAUGCUAUAUAUAUAUAUAUAUAUAUAUAUAUAUAUAUAUAUAUAUAUAUAUAUACUCUCACUAAAUGUUUUAUAUAUGUAUAUACACCCAUGUUUAAGAAGGAAACACAAAUUGACACUGUAUUUUUCAACAAAAUUAUUUAUACAGUGUUGACCUUUGAUGUCGGAGAGUUUUAAUGGGCACAGUUUCAAGGAAUGAUGUUUCAUGUACCAUAAACCAAUAUUUCAAUAAGUGGAAGAGUUUUCCGAAUUGUACCGUGAGUUUUAUGAAUCCAUAUUAAUCUUUUCUUAAUUGAAUAAAAUGUGUGUAUGUCUGAAAA